GAGGCCGCGCGGAGGUGGAGAGAAGGGUGGUGGCAGGCGACGGCGGUGGCUGUUUGGGGUUCAGGAGGACCGGCGCUGGGGUCAGGCAGCCCGAAGGCAACAGCGAGUACUCGACGGCGGUGUGUGAAGAGAGAAACGUAUCUGACGAAACCUGCAGCAAGCAGUGGAAGAGUCUUUGAACCUUCCCCUCCUUGGGAAUCUUGGACUCUAGCUGCUCCUUCAGGAACGCUUCUCAGAGCCGGAGGAGGAAGAGGGAGGGGAAAGAAAGUAAAGCUGCAGCUGUUCCAGCGGACUUGUCCCAUCUUGUAGUUGGUGUGGGAAACAAGAAAGACUCAAGGAAGUUGCUGUGUGUGGACUCUGUGAGACAAAAUGCUUUCUUUGAAGAAAUAUUUCACAGAAGGACUCAUCCAGUUCACCAUUCUCCUCAGCCUGAUCGGAGUGAGGGUGGACGUAGAUACCUACCUGGACUCGCACCUUCCCCCUCUGCGGGAGAUCUUUCUGGGCCAGAGCUCAGCUUACACUCAGACGCAGUUCCACAACCUGCGCAACACUUUAGACGGCUAUGUUAUCCAUCCCAAAAGUGUAGACCUGGACUACUAUUUCACAGCUCGCCGGCUUCUUAACCAGGUGAGGGCCCUGGACCGGUUCCAGGUACCCACCACAGAAGUCAAUGCAUGGUUGGUACAUCGAGAUCCUGAAGGCUCCGUCUCCGGUGCCCAGCCCAGCACAGGCAUUGUCCUUGAGAAUGGUGGCAGCUUGCAAGAUGGAACUGUUCCAGACAAUGUGGUGAGGGAAAGUGGAGCAGAGCAAGGCUUUGGUGAAGAGUUGGAAGACUUGGGUGCAGUGGCUCCUCCAAUGAAUGGCGAUCUAACCAAAGAGGACAUUGAUUUAAUUGACAUCCUGUGGAGACAGGAUAUCGACCUUGGAGCCGGGCGUGAGAUUUUUGACUACAGCCACCGCCAGAAGGAGAACGACGUGGACAAAGAAGCCGGCAGCGGGCAGGAGUGCGGGGAUGGCUGGAGGAGCGGAAGGGGCGACGUGGCUGACAGGGCCCUGCUAGUGGAUGGCGAGACGGGGGAGAGCUUCCCUGCCCAGGUGCCUGGUGUGGAGGACCAGACAGCCUUGUCUUUGGAGGAGUGCCUUAGGCUGCUGGAGGCCACAUUUCCCUUUGGAGAGAAUUCGGAGUUUCCAGCUGCAGAUGCCCCCAUCCUGACGGAAGCCGUGCCUAGUGAGAGCGGGCCAUCUGUUGUUCCAAACGGGCUCCUGUCUCCUCUUCUGACAGAGACGGAGCUGCCCUUUGACCUGGAGCAGCAGUGGCAGGACCUCAUGUCUAUCAUGGAAACGCAGGGUAUGGAGGUCAACAGCACAGCGGCCACAGAAAACUUGUACAACAGCACAGGUGGAGACAUCCUGACAACCAAUUACAGCCUUGCGCCUUCCACCCCCAUCAAUCAGAAUGUCAGCCUGCAUCAGGCAUCCCUGGGCAGCUGUGCCCAGGACUUCCCUUCCCUGUUCAGCUCAGAGAUUGAGAGCCCUUCGCUAGCCAGCAGCUCAGCUUUGUUGCAGCUGGUCCCCGACAACUCCACCGGCUUCAGCUCCACCUUCGGCUCAACCAACUUGAGUGGGAUCUUUUUCCCUUCUCAGCUGAACAACACUGUAAAUGACACAGCUGGGCCCGACCUUCCAGAUCCUCUAGGGGGGCUCCUAGAUGAAGCCAUGCUUGAUGAGAUUAGCUUGAUGGACCUGGCUAUCGAAGAAGGCUUCAACCCAGUGCAGGCCUCUCGCCUGGAGGAGGAGUUCGAUUCAGACUCGGGGCUGUCUUUGGACUCGAGCCACAGCCCCGCUUCUCUCAGCAGCUCUGAAGCCUCUUCAUCGUCAUCUUCUGCUUCUUCCUCCUUUUCUGAGGAAGGCGCCGUAGGCUACAACUCAGACUCUGAAAACGUGGACUUUGAAGAGACAGAAGGGGCUGUUGGGUACGAACCAGAGUACAAUAAGUUCUGUCGCAUGAGCUACCAGAACCCUUCCCAGCUGCAUUACCUGCCUUACCUGGAGCACGUGGGUCACAACCACACCUACAACAUGGCCCCCAGGACCUUAGAAACUGACGAGCCCGAGCCAGCCAGUGUGGGAAAGAAGAGUGCCAAGGAGAAGCAGGCCGACUUCCUGGAUAAGCAGAUGAGCAGAGACGAGCACCGAGCCCGAGCCAUGAAGAUCCCGUUCCCCAACGAGAAGAUUAUCAACCUGCCUGUGGAAGAAUUCAAUGAGCUCCUGUCCAAGUACCAGCUGAGUGAGUCCCAGCUGAGUCUGAUCCGGGACAUCCGGAGGCGGGGUAAGAACAAGAUGGCCGCCCAGAACUGUCGCAAGAGGAAGCUGGACACGAUCCUCAACCUGGAAAGGGACGUGGAGGACUUGCAGAGGGACAAGUCGAAGCUGCUCAGGGAGAAGGUGGAAUUCCUCAGGUCUCUACGCCAGAUGAAGCAAAAGGUGCAGAGCCUCUACCAGGAGGUAUUUGGCUGCCUGCGUGAUGAGAACGGCCAGCCCUAUUCCCCAAGUCAGUAUGCCCUACAGUACGCCAGCAAUGGCAGCAUGAUCCUAAUACCACGCUCUUUGGCUGACCAGCAGGGCCGGCGGCAAGAGAGGAAACAGAAAGACAGGAGGAAGUGAGGGGUGGCGACGAUUGGCAGGGGAGUUCAAAACUCACUGAGACUACAUCUCAAGAAGGGCCGAGCCCGGAAGAAGCUGAAGGAACUUUCAUGCCCUUCUUAUCCAAUAUAUCUUCUCAAAACCAUGAUAGCUGCCAGUCAGUGUAUAAGAGCAAGACUGCAGGGCGGGGGGGCCGACAAGUCUGGAGGGGGUAGAAUGGCAAAGCAUGUUGGGAAAGACCUGUGCCCCCAGCAGCCUGGAACCAAUUGUUGGAAUGUUGUGGGGGUGGGAGAGAUUGCUGGCAUAACAUGUAUGUGGGAGGGGGGGUGAGUCGCAGAGGAGGGUAGAAAAGUUGUGUUGUUACAGCUGGGACUUUUUAAGAUAAGGGGGGAAACGUUUUUUUCUGUGGAGGGGUGAAGCAGGCUUAAGAGAGCUUUUUUUUGAACUUCCCAAACAUAGAUAAAUGUCAGGUAUCUGGGUUAGUUUCCUUACCUGUUUUUUGACAUCAGUUGGGUGCAAUUUAAAAACUCAAUUUUAUCCUGCAGUUAGCCAGUAUUCCUUCCUUAGUUCCUGGAGGGGGGGGGGGACACAAGAGCAGCUGGGAAAUGUCAAUUUGGGUUUGGUUAUGGGCUGUUUCCUUAUCCCUUUUGACUGUGUGGGGGGGAAGUGAGGAGUUUCAAUUCAAGGAAUGAACUGGUGCAGCCUUUUUUGGUGGCCUUUUAGCACCUGCCAUAAACACCAGAAGGCUGGGACAGGUUAACAGAACAGCUAAGGUGAUGCCUCUCCCCAUUAAACUCUCGCCAAGCAUGUCACUGCCCACAGCGAGGAACCAGCAUGGGUGCUGAGCUUACUCCCUCAAGAUGCAUUAAGCCGAGAUGGUACACAGUAAACUGCAUGCUCCGGUAACCCAUCUUUCCCACGGAUUGGCUUGAAGAAACUGCUUUGGGGGGAGUAAGUGUGAUCCCUGGCUUCCUCAGCUGGGUUGAGUGUCAGUGUGAUCAUCACUGUUUGGUCUGCCACACAAAUGGGUUUGGUUCCCCUUAAAACAGGCUUCUGGUACUGAGAAAAUUGCCCUCUCAAUGGCAAGCCCCCUUUUCCAAGGGUAGUUGGAUUUUAACGAAUGGUUUUAGAGCAACGUAUGUCUUGUUCUCUCCCCACCCUUUCUCACUGUAGAUUGAUCCUGUAGCAAACACAUGUAGGAAAAGCAAGGGAAAAAUGCCCUCCCUGUCCUGGACAACCAAGGCUGCUGAAUUUUUUUUUUUGCCAUAAUGAGACUGUGAUCCCACAGCUGGCUUCCCUUGGUUCCCUCCCCCUUUUUUUAGGGGGGUGUCGCUCUGACCUCUCCCUGUCCUUUUAAAAAGAGUAAGGCAAAAGAUGAGGGUAGUGCCUUGAACACGGCUGGCCUCUAGCUUCGCGGCAGUCCUCGAAGCUGUUAUAACUUGCAGUAUAGCACAGCUGGUAGCAUUACUGACCUUACCAGCACCUGAGGAGCUUAAUGGCUUUGGGUCCCCCUCCAGCCAGUGUGUGUGUGAGGGUGUAGCACUGAGAUGAGUGCCCUCCGGAGGAUUUGAAGGGGUUUAUGAUGUGCUGUUUAUAUGGCCACCUGGGGUUCCCUAUGAUCUUGCCUUCUUUUAAGGCUGAUUGUUGGAGAGAGAGCAUGGGGAGGUGGGACAGUCGAGCCUCUUGUGCCUGCAAGGUGUGUGACAGCAUGAAAACUUGAAGCACAAAAUGUGUCAAGAGCUGUGGCUGGGGUUUGCUGGGUGCUUCGGAUGGAGCCCUGAUGUGUGCAUGUGUUAAUUUAUUAUUUUUUUUCCUUUUAGAGAUUUUUAUUUUGAAUGGUUUCUGUGAUCUGUUGGGGAGAGGAGAGAGUGAGCAAGCACAGGAUGGAAAAAAUUAAAAAGGCUUAUUCACUA